AACGCUAUUAGCUUAAUAAAACAGCGCUCGGUAUUCAACCAACCUUAGUUUUAUUACCACGACGUUUGCUUUCAUUCCAAUGUGAAAUAUAUCGUUGUUUAUUUGAAGGGAGUAUUCGAGACAUUAAAAUAGUGAUGGAUGUGGUCAUGGAGGUGGAUGAAUGUGAGGCAAAUACGCAGGAUGUUCAAGAUUCCAGUGAUGACAGUGAAAUAAUGCCCAAAUCAGAUUUCCGUACCUUUCUCUCCACAAACAAAAGUCACAGCAAGACGAGGCAUUGUGAAAAUGGACAUGACGUACCUCAGCUGAAAAAAAGAGCUGUUGUACUUUUGACAAGACUCCCUGAGUUUACCAUCAGUGCCCUUCGACCUCCAACACCUCAGCAGUUCUACAGUGAAACUGAGUCUCAUUUGAGCUCUGACUCCGACAAGCAGUGGGAACCAGACAGCGAUUCUGAUUCAGACUUUGACAUAUCGAAAAAGAAGCAGAAAACUCCAAAAUUCAAAAAGAGCCUCUUAAAACACACACCUCCGCCACAGAAGACCAACAUCAAUAGUCACAGCAGUUGUGGCAACAGUACUAGUAGUGGUAGUAGCAGUAAUAACAAUAACAGCACCAAUAGUAACAGCAGUAGCAGCAAUAGCAACAGCACCAACAAUAACAACAACAGCGUGACAGAAGGUGGCCCCAUUAUUGUAUCAUCAGCAUUUGCCCAUUCCUCCACUGAAACCACAAAGGUUCGCCCCGAUUUGCCAGAGGUCGAAGUCAAAGUGGGCAUGACAGUCCUGGCCAGAAGGCGAGCCAUGUUGUGGCAACGAGGGAAAGUACUGGAGAUUGUUACAAAGGAUGAUGGGCGGGUAAAGUACAAAGUUAACUUUGAAGAAAAGGGAAAGAGUCUCGUAUCAGGACACCACAUUGCUCUUGACCGCCCGCCCAAGCUGGAGGAGCUAUAUGUUGGUGCUCGUGUCAUUAUUCAGUCCCUGGAUGAUGAAUCGAGCUUUCAGCCUGGUAUUUUAUCUGAGCUUCCCAGCAGGAAGAACCGCUUAAGGUUCUUGAUCUUUUUGGAUGACCACUCUGUGCUUUAUGUGAGUUUACCUGCACUUCAUCUGGUUUGCAGACCACUGGACGAUACUUUAGAGGACAUCCUUGACAACACUCACAAGUCCUUUAUGAAACAAUACUUGAAGAACUGGCCGUUUCCACAUUUGACCCAUUACAAGAUGGGGCAAUCCAUUAAUGUGGAUGUGAACGGAGUCCUCGCAAAGUGCACAGUGGAUGCUGUGGAUUGCAGCUUGAUGCAGGUUACUUUUGAGGAGAACGGGCAGAAGGACUGGGUCCACCGAGGCUCCAUUCGACUGGAACACAUGGCCAAGUUCCUGCAGAUGAAAGAAAAGGGAGACGCAAAAGACAAUUCUGACCCUAAAUGAUACAAUCCUACAAGUUAGGAAUGGAACGGCUAUAAAAACAACGAGAAUAUAAAUAGGGCAAGAAGAAUAUAAUACUUGUCGCUGAGCAUUAUGCCAACUUUUUUUCUUACGUUUUUAAAAUAAAAAUAAUCACUGUACCUUCUGUUCUUGAUAGAAUUUGACUUCUGACCAGACAAAAAAGUUGGUUUGAGGAUGAGGUUUUUAUUCAUUAAAUGUUUUCUAACCAGUUGUUAGUUACCCACUCAUUAUAUUUCCAUCGACCGUCAAGGUAGAUAUGGUUUCUGUGCCCAGGAACCUCUAAAGCAUCAAACCUGGGAAACGGCUCCGUUUAUUCACCAAAGCCACAAGCUAACAUGAUUAGACAGAAAUAUAUAUGGUUUUGUUUUUGUUUUUUCCUGAGAUUUUAUUUUGUAAUAACACUUAAAACGUUCUGGUUCAGAUCUUUUAGCUUUUGUUUUUCAGAAAAAUGCUCGUGAUGCAUCUUUGCAGCUGUAAAUUUGUGUUACAUAAAAUCCUUGAACUCGAAA